AUGUCUGUUGAUAUUUCUGAUCUAUUACCAGUACUUGAACCUGAUGCUGAUCUUGAUUUUAGUUCGACUCUUUCAAGUACAUUAUCUCGAAGAGAAAAAUACAAAAAUGCCAUUACAAUGACUGUUCUAUUAUUUAUCAAUUUAUUAAAUUUUAUGGAUCGAUUUAUUAUUGCAGGUGUACUAGACAAAAUUAUAGAUAGUUUUUCUAUUUCGGAAGGACUAGGUGGUCUUCUUCAAACAGUAUUUGUUUGUAGUUAUAUGGCUCUGGCACCAUUCUUUGGUUAUUUAGGAGAUCGGUAUAGUCGAAAAUGGCUAAUUAUUGUGGGCGUCAGUAUUUGGUCCAUGACUACUUUAGCCGGAUCAUUUGUACCAAAUCAUUUGUUUGUAGUUUUUGCAAUAUUACGUGGUUUAGUUGGUAUUGGUGAAGCUUCAUAUGUCUGUGUAGCACCGACAAUUAUUGCUGAUAUGUAUAAACAUGAUAUGAGAACAAGAAUGUUAGCUAUUUUUAAUAUUGCUACUCCAGUAGGAGGUGGUCUUGGUUAUAUUGUUGGUGCAUAUGUUACAGUUGCAUUUCAUGGUGACUGGCGUUGGGCUUUACGAUUUACCCCUGUUCUUGGUAUCAUUUGUGUUAUAUUACUGAUUGUUCUUGUUAGAGACCCCGUACGAGGUGGUGCUGAUGGAGUUCAUAUUUUAAAAAGAGAUAAUUGGUUUUUUGAUAUUCGAAAAAUCUUUAAAGUAAAAAGUUUUAUUUUAACAACACUUGGAUUUACAUGGGUAGCAUUUGCAUUAGGCUCACUUUCUUGGUGGGGACCAAGGUUUCUUCAGUUAGCUCAUAUUUUGCAUUAUAAAAUCGAAAAUGAUAAAAAUGAAAGUGAUAAAAUAAAAGCCAAGGUUAGUCUUUAUUUUGGAAUCGUAACUUGUGGUGCUGGAUUUUUUGGUGUACUGGUUGCAAGUGAAAUAGCUAGAUGGUAUCGUAGAAGAAAUCAGCGUGGUGAUCCCAUUGUUUGUGGUGUUGCUAUUCUUGUAUCCAUACCAUUUCUAUUUAUUCUACUUAUCUUUUCUAAAGACAAUAUAAUUGUAACAUGGAUUUGCAUUGCUAUUGCUGAAACAUUACUUUGUAGUAAUUGGGCAAUAGUAUCAGAUAUGCUUAUGUACAUUAUCAUUCCACCAAGACGUGCUACAGCAAGUUCUAUUCAAAUAUUUAUUUUACAUUUACUUGGUGAUGCAUCUAGUCCAUAUAUAAUCGGUUUAAUAAGUGAUUUCUUUCGAAAAGGAUCAAAGAAUGAUGAAGUCAUAUGGAAAUCCUUACGAAAUGCUUUAAUGUUAACACCAAUCGUUGCUAGUCUCGGUGGUAUCGCUUUUCUAGUAGCGGCUUUUUUUAUUGUUCGAGAUCGUCGUGAAGCCGAAGCUACUAUAGAAUUGAUGAACAUUUCAGACAGUUUUCGAAUGGAAGAGUCAAAAAAAACUUAG